GCGGCGAGUGCGCAUGCGCGGGCCUCGAGCUGCACCAAAGUUUGAAUUCGCGAGACGUUGAGUGACUUUUCUCCGUACACGUCCCACUUUCGGUCUUUUUCAUGUGAGGAGUCAUUUUCCGAGAGUUCUCCAGCAGAGAGAGAGAGAGAAAGAAUCCUGGCCAACAUGGGUGAGGCAGAGGGAGCUGCUAACCGCUGGGAACUGAGCAAGGAGAACAUCCAGCCGCUGAAGCAGGGACGGAAGGCCACCGUCUUGUCUGUGGCCCUUGAUGAGAGUGCUGCACGCAAGCUUAAUGCAGAGAGGCAUGUAUUUGAAGAGGAAUUACGCACCUAUUCCGGAGAUGAUCCCCUGGACGUAUGGUACCGUUAUGUACUUUGGGUUGAGCAGAACUACCCCAAAGGAGGUAAGGAGGGAAACAUCAUGAAGCUCAUCGAAAAGUGCGUCACUGCCCUGCACACCAGCAAAGACACCCACAAGAAAUAUGACAAUGACACUCGUUUCUUGGAACUCUGGAUUAAAUAUGCAAAUCUGUGUCCCAGUCCAGUGGAAAUCUAUCAGACACUGGAGGCCAAGGGAAUGUGUACAGGCCUUGCUGAAUUCUAUAUGAGCUGGGCAUGGGAGAUUGAGAAAGUGGGCAACUAUAAGCGUGCAGAUGCAAUCUAUCAGAAGGGUCUCCAGAAUGGGGCUAAGCCAUUAGAUGUCCUGGAAGAUGCACAUAAAAAGUUCCAGAUGAGAGUUACCCGUUCAACACUGGAAGGAAAGCUGGUGGAGACUGAUACAAGUUCCUCUGAAGCCCAGAGAGCUGCACUCACCUCUCUGAAACCACAGGGACGCAAGCACCACGUCCCGACUGAACGUGUGGGAGCUAAUGUCAUUGGGCCUGCAGGAAGGGUAGCUGUUGCUCCUCCCUCAAGCAACCGGGGGGGACCAUCAUUUCAGAUUUUCCAAGAUACAGGUGGCCAGUCAAUGGCUUCUCAGAGAGAGGGCUCUGGGGCAGCUCUGCCAGUCAGAACAGCAGUGAACAAAGAGAAUGUCAAAGACGCUGGUGUUUGGUCAAAGGCUAAAGCUUCCCAGAGAACCACUCCUGUUGUGGCUGUGGAAGACCUCAACAAAUACCAAAAACCUGCAUUCUCAUUACAUGAAGAUGCUCAACUCUCUCAGCCCACAAUCACCCCAGCAAAACUCCCACAGACGAGUAAUGUUCUAAGCAUUCGCAAAAAAGAGUUUGAGGAGUGGAAUGUCCCCAUGUUUAUCUCCGAACCCUUCGACCCAAAAGUCCAACCACAGUAUUGCAAACAUAAGGUGUAUUGUGGCACAGAGGAGUUCAGCUUUGAAGAGCUUCGGGCAGCUAAAUUUUUCAAGAAGCGUAAAGAGGAGGAGAAAAAGAAUGCUGAGCUUCAACAAAUGCAGGAUAUGCUCAAGAAGCAAGAGGAGAUGAUCCAGCAGUUACUGCAGGAACGUCUGUCUCAGCAAAAGAGAGAGGAAUCUCAGUUAAGGGCUGCUGAGAUGGUCUCCCCAGCAGAACCUGCCUUGGAAAGCAGUUCGGUUAGAAGAAAGAGAGAAGACAGGAGGGCAGAGAAUAUGGGACGCAACAUCUAUCACGACAGUUGGGUUGCCAUUAACAAGUCAGUGAAUGCCUCUGUCAACUACUCGGUGAAUGCAUCUCAUCUUUUGGAUGAAAGUACUACCAGUGCAUUGCUACAGUGCCAGCCUGCAGUGGCCAGUCCUUGUAGCAAGGAAUCUUCCCAUGUACAAGAACCUAGUUUGUCAGUGCCAGCGCCCCUCCCUACUAGCCGGGACAAUUCCAACCUGAGUUCCAGCAGCAACUCGCGUGGUCUCAAUAUCACUGACCCCACCGUUAACACCAAGAUGGCCAUGAACAUGAUCAAUGAGAUGUGGUCGGCGAGUCUUUUCAAAGAUGACCUCCAGCAGGACACCAACAGCCUGGGACAGACGCCCGAACCUGAGCCCAAGGCAGCUGCGAAGGCAAGCGCACCCUUCUCUAUCUUCCAGGAUAGCAACCCUAGUCAUAGUGGCAAGGAUUCAAACUCUGCACCAUUCACCAUAUUCAGCGAUACAUCUGAUAAGAAACCAGUGAAGAGUGAUCCAUUCACAAUUUUCUCUGACGAGGUUGAAAGCGCCCCCAAGAAGCAGGAAAUCAAACCGUGCCAGCCAUUUGCCAUAUUCUCUGAUGCCGAGGCCUGCAAAGUACCCGACCCAAAUGAUCUGUACCUCGAUGACAACAACGAGAACGACCCCCCGGCAGGUUUUGUUCAGCAAAAGGAUUUCCGGAGCACCUCUGGCAUCCUGCAGCCUGCUACCAAUGUCCCUGUGCUGACUGUGGAGGAGGCAAAUGGGCCAGAGGUGGAGGAGGAGAAAGUGGAGGGGGCUGUGGGUAGGGAUGAUAGAGGGGACUUGGAAAGGGAUGAUGAUUAUCUAGAUGACAUUGUACCCUUGAAUGGAGGAAACCUGGCUGACUUGACCCUGAAGAUGCCCAAAAACCCUGAGGCUUUUGCCAAGAUGGCCAAGGUGGCAUCCACACCUGGGCCGUGGUCACUUGGCUGUGUACCCCAGGCCACAACCAAUGGGGACGACUUCACCAUGGCUGUCCUGAAGAUUAAAGACCACUUCCCAGAAAUAAAAGAAAACGAAGAGGAAAAGGAAGACAGUGGAGAGCUCAUGCCUCCUCCUCCAGUCACCCAAGCUCCUCCCUCCUCGCCCAUCCCCAAGCCUGCUCUCUCCCCCAUUAUGGAGGCUUCGAGAGAGUACAGGUCGUCUUCCACCUCCAGCAGCUCUGGCUAUUCCACCACAUCCACCACUCUCGGAGGCCACACUGUGCAUGGGAUCACCCAGCAAGGGGGUCUGUCCACCACACACAUCUCUCGCUCACGACACAACUCCCACACACAGAUAGAGUUUGGUCUUGAGAAUGGAGGACCUGCUCAGACAGGAGACUUUACCAAAUCAGGAUAUUUAGCUGACAAAUCACGAGGAGAGAGUCUUGCUGAAACCAAACCAAGUUUUGCAACACAGCUGCAGUUUCGAGCAGAUGAUAAAGAUGACUUUGACCCACGCCAAGCAGCUGUCAUGCUAAUGAACAUGGAUGAAAUGCCACAGUCACUGGCUGAGUCUACCAGGAUAGAUGCAAGAGAACCUAAACAGGUUUCAGCUUGCAAGCUGCAGUUUCGAGCAGAUGAUAAAGAUGACUUUGACCCACGCCAAGCAGCUGUCAUGCUAAUGAACAUGGAUGAAAUGCCACAGUCACUGGCUGAGUCUACCAGGAUAGAUGCAAGAGAACCUAAACAGGUUUCAGCUUGCAAGGCACAAAAGCCAAGGCUACCUGAUAUGAUCAAUCCCUUUGAUGAGGACCUCCAACAAACUCUCCUGCUAAAUAUGGAACAGCCUGUUGAGGAGCGAGGAGGCUUUGUGCUGCAACAAGGAAAGCUGCCUCAAGUAAAGCCAAAUAGCCAGAUCACCCUUGGAGGCGAGAUGUUCCAUGUCCGGCGCCUGCGGGGGGAGGGAGCCUAUGCCAAGGUGUACCAGGCCUCCACACUUGACCCCAUGAAUGUCACCAUCCUACCCUCUCUGGAUGACAGUGAUGAUGAAGAUGAGGAGGAGGAUGACGAGAAACAGAUGAUUCUGAAAGUUCAAAAGCCAUCCUGCCCAUGGGAGUUCUACAUUUGCCAUGAACUCCGCGAGCGGCUGAAGGCUGAUGAUGCAUCCUUUAACAUGCUAGACUCAGUCAUGAGAAUAAACAGAGGCUACUUCUACAAUAAUGGGUCAAUCCUGGUGAACCAGUACCACAAGUAUGGCACAAUACUGGACAUUGUGAACAGAUACAAGGUUGCUGGUAAGACUGUGCCAGAAGAACUAGCCAUGUAUUUCAUGGUCGAGGUUCUGUCUAUCCUAGAGGCACUGCAUAGCUGCAACAUAAUCCACGCUGACAUAAAGCCUGACAAUUUCCUGAUCCGCAACACCCCAGUCAUAGAUGCAACGGCAAGCUCCCCUGCUGAGAUGUUUGCAAGCUGUCCAUCGUCUGUGAAACUGAUCGAUUUUGGUCGAAGCAUUGACAUGCAGUUGUUGCCAGAGGGAACUACCUUUGUGGAAAAGGUAACAACAGAAGGCUUUAGUUGUUGUGAAAUGAGAGAAGGCAAGCCUUGGACCUACCAGACUGACCUCUAUGGAGCUGCAGCAAUAGCCUUCUGCCUUCUCUUUGGUUCUUACAUGGACGUCAAGAAGAGCAUGAACGGCCAGUGGGAACUAAAGGGUGUCACUCUUAAAAGGUACUGGAAGAAGGAUCUUUGGCAGUUGGUCUUCUCCACGCUGUUGAAUGUCCCCUCCUGCUCAGCCAUUCCUAGUCUGUCUAAGCUCAAGCAAAAAAUUAUGACCACCUUCUUUGAGAAUGGCAUGCAAAACGAGUUCAAUGUGAAAGUUCAGCAACUGUUCACCAUGAUGAUUCAAAAGAGCUGAGAAUGAGUCACAGGCCGUCGGGAGAUUUAAGAAGCCUGCGCCAUGACGAUUUUGUAUGGAUGGUUUUUAAAUGAUAACUUUCAGGUGAAGCAAAGUGAUAUGAGAUACCAGUUAGAUAUUGUUAUAAGUCGAGUAUGAAUUAUUUUUUUUAGUGACGCUAUGCAAACUGUCAUAGGAAAUGGUAUAUAUAGUACAUAAUUCAUACAAGCUUGUUACUCAAAGUUCAAAGGUAUGUGCCUUCACCACAGUUGAAAAGUUUAUUUUUUAAGGAAAUGCUUCUACACUGUUUUGACAUAGAUGUUAAGGUCUUGACUAAACUUUUCUAUUGUCCUAUUGUUACCAAAGUCUGAAUUGGGCCUUCAUCUUUUCUGUCUUUUAUUUCUUCUUUUAAUUUCUGAUGAUUAUGUUAUUUUAUGUGGUUUACAAGCACAAAACUGUAUUUUUUUGUAUAAUACACUGAAGUGAGGAUAUAACUUGUAAUACAAACUGUGUCAAAGACUGAAAGCCUUGCAUAAAUUGAAUUUUUUAAGGCUAAGAUGUAUCUGUAUUUUUUAUGCAACAAAUAAAGAACAAAUUCUUA